AUGCCACUGUUUCCUGUACAAAAAAAAAAGGCAAAAAAUUGCCGCAUUGGUGAUUGUUGUAUUUGUUUGUUUGUAAAUAAAGAAAUAAAAAUUGAAAUAUGGCUUAUAAUUAUGUUGUUACUGCGCAUAAACCAACAUCUGUUACUAAUGGUGUUACAGGCAAUUUAACCUCUCCAACAGACCUGAACUUAAUUAUAGCCAAAAACACAAGAGUAGAGAUCUAUGUGGUCACACCGGAAGGGCUCAGGCCGAUUAAAGAAAUUAUGAUCUAUGGUCGAAUCGCUGUGCUUGAGCUGUUUAGACCUCCGGGUGAAACCAAAGAUCUGAUGUUCUUGUUGACACAUAGAUAUAACGCAAUGAUCUUAGAAUGCCAAGUUGAUGGAGAAAAUAUUGAAAUUAUAACACGUGCUCAUGGCAAUGUACAGGAUCGUAUUGGCAGAGUUUCUGAGACUGGAAUUCUUGGAAUUAUUGACCCAGAGUGUCGAGUGAUUGGAUUGCGCCUCUAUGAUGGGCUAUUUAAAGUAAUUCCACUAGAGAAAGAUAUCCGGGAGCUUAAAGCUUUUAGUAUUAGAAUGGAGGAGUUGAGCGUGAUUGAUAUGGCUUUUCUAUAUGGUUGUCAGACACCUACUGUAGCUCUAAUACAUCAUGACCAGAGUGGGAGACAUGUCAAAACUUACGAAGUAUCACUUAGAGAAAAAGAUUUCCUCAAAGGUCCUUGGAAACAGGAUAAUGUGGAAACAAUGGCAUCAAUGCUAAUUCCUAUUCCUGCUCCAUUUGGUGGCACUGUAAUUAUUGGUCAGGAGUCUAUCACAUAUCACAAUGGUGACAACUAUAUUGCCAUUGCACCAGCGCAAGUGAAGCUGAGCCCUAUAAACUGUUAUGGCAAAGUUGAUGCCAAUGGGUCUCGGUACCUGCUAGGCAACAUGGCCGGAGAUCUUUUUAUGUUGAUCUUGGAGAAGGAGGAGAAGAUGGAUGGCACAGUGGUGAUCAAAGACCUCAAAGUAGAGACCCUUGGUGUGACAACUAUACCAGAGGUGAUUCUCUACUUGGACAAUGGUGUUGUGUUUCUUGGGUCACAUCUUGGAGACUCGCAGUUGGUCAAGUUGAACUCUAAGAGAGAUUCCAAUGGCUCCUAUGUCCAAGUAAUGGAAACUUUUGUUAAUCUUGGACCUAUUGUAGACAUGGUUGUGGUAGAUCUGGAACGCCAAGGUCAGGGCCAGUUAGUAACUUGUUCAGGUGCAUUCAAAGAAGGUUCAUUACGUAUCAUCAGAAAUGGCAUUGGAAUCAAUGAACAUGCUAGCAUAGAUCUUCCAGGCAUCAAAGGUAUCUGGCCACUGUGUGUUAACUCUGAGAAGUUUGACAACAUGAUGGUCAUGUCCUUUGUUGGUCAGUCCAGAGUUCUCCAGCUGUCUGGAGAGGAAGUAGAAGAGACAGAGUUGCCAGGUUUUGAUGGAGACAAUCAAACUUUUGUCUGUAACAAUGUUUGCUUCAAUCAAAUUGUACAAAUCACACAGGCAUCUAUGAGAUUAAUUAGCUGCAGUCCUGGAGGAUUAGCAGAAGAAUGGUUCCACCCAGAAGGCAAGAAGAUCAGUUUGGCAUGCUGCAACAAUAGCCAGGUGGUAAUUGCAGCUGGUAGCCAACUCUUUUAUUUUGAAAUUGAAUCAGGAAAAUUUGCAUUGAAAGGCCAAACCACUGUGGCUCAUGAAGUAGCAUGCCUAGAUAUCAGCCCACUCCAGGACAGCCAACAGCCAUCCAACCUUCUGGCUGUUGGUCUGUGGACAGAUAUCUCAGCAAGACUUUUUAGAUUGCCAAACUUUGAAAGUCUUCAUGUUGAGAUGCUGGGUGGAGAAAUUAUCCCCCGGUCCAUACUUUUGACAACAUUUGAAGGCAUUCAUUACUUACUUUGUGCGCUGGGAGAUGGUUCUCUCUUCUAUUUUUUACUGGACCCUACCACAGGCUAUCUCUCAGAGAAGAAGAAGGUGACUCUGGGAACACAGCCCACCAUGUUGAAGACUUUCAAGUCUCUGUCUACAACCAAUGUAUUUGCCUGCUCAGACAGGCCCACUGUCAUCUACAGCAGCAACCACAAGCUGGUCUUCUCUAAUGUGAACUUGAAGGAAGUCAACCACAUGUGUCCACUCAACUCUGAUGGCUAUCCUGACAGUCUUGCUUUGGCUAAUAACACAACUCUAAUGAUUGGCACAAUUGAUGAAAUACAAAAACUUCACAUACGUACAAUUCCUUUGAGAGAAACUCCUAGGCGUAUAGCUUACCAAGAGCAGACUCAGACAUUUGGUGUCAUCACAUACAGAAGUGAUUCAGGAGACCGUACAUUACCAGGUUUUGAUCCCCAGCCACCUCCAGCCAGCCUGACUGCCUUGAACACUUCUUCAGCUACAUCCAAACUGUUAUCAGGAGGGGGAGGUGCAAGUAGUGCUGGUGAUGCUCUGAGUGAUGAGCAAGAAGUUUAUUCUCUGAACAUUCUUCGACAGAGCACAUUUGAAGUGCUACAUUCCCACACAUUACUGCCUAAUGAAAGUGCUACCAGCUUGUUGUCUACCACACUGGGAGAAGAUCCUACACCUUAUUACAUUGUAGGCACAGCACUGAUUAGUACAGAAGAAGCUGAACCAAAGUCUGGGAGAAUUAUUGUAUUCCAUUACAAUGAAGGUAAACUAACAAUGGUGGCCGAGAAAGAAAUCAAAGGGGCUGCUUAUAGUAUGGUCUCUUUUAAUGGGAAACUUCUUGCCAGUGUCAAUAGUACAGUUCGUCUGUUUGAAUGGACACCUGAUAAAGAACUGCGUUUAGAGUGCAGUCAUUUCAACAACAUUCUGGCAUUGUUCCUCAAGUCUAAAGGUGACUUUGUGCUGGUAGCUGACUUGAUGAAAUCUAUUGCUCUGCUGGGAUAUAAACCAUUGCAAGAUGCUUUUGAAGAGAUUGCCAGAGACUGUAAUGUCAAGUGGAUGACAGCUAUUGAAAUCUUAGAUGAUGAUAACUUCUUAGGGGCAGAUAAUUUUCACAAUCUUUUUGUCUGCCAAAAAGACAGUGCAGCUACUACGGAUGAAGAAAGAUCACAGAUGCAGGAAGUAGGCCUCUAUCAUCUUGGUGAAAUGGUGAAUGUUUUUAGACAUGGAUCCUUAGUGAUGCAUCAUGCGGGUGAGAACACAACUCCUGUUUUAGGAUCGGUACUUUAUGGGACUGUUAAUGGUGCCAUUGGUAUGGUUGCUCAGCUGCCUCAAGAUUUUUUUAACUUCCUAUUGGAGGUACAGAAUAGAUUGAGCAAAGUCAUCAAGAGUGUUGGGAAAAUAGAGCACAGCUUUUGGAGAUCAUUCUUCACAGAGCAAAAGAGAGAUACAGCUUUAGGAUUUAUUGAUGGAGAUUUAUUAGAAAGUUUCUUGGACCUGACCAGAGAUAAAAUGCAGGAAGUUGUCCAGGGAUUGCAGAUUGAUGAUGGAGAAAUGAAGCGUGAUGCCACAGUAGAUGACCUGGUGAAGACUAUUGAAGAGCUAACAAGAAUUCACUAACCUAGAAAUUAUGUCUCCAUGUAAAAACAGUUGUUUUUUUUUUGUAGUAUUAUUUUAUUACAGAUUCCAAUGUGAAAACUAGUCUACCAUCUCUAAUGGAAAGAUUGGGAUAGCUUCAGGUAUUGGAAAGAUUUGAUUUUUAGUUGAAUAAUUUCUUCUGUGGUUAGAUGUCUGCAGAAUGUGUGUACUAUGGUAUUCUUUUGGUUGGUAUCAAUUGUUCUUUUAUUGUAUAUAAUAAAGCAUUUUUGUUCAA